CAAUGGCGGCAUGUGGGAAAAAGCGUGAGUGACGGCCUUUGUUCGGUGAAUAGUGACCGGCCCUCCGCGAAGGGGUUUGUGUUGACGGAAGUGUAGUGCUCAGGUGUGGUGAGGUGUGUGCGCGUGCGCUCCAUGUUGUGUGCCCUGGGAUUUACGGAUUAACGGCGUUGUUAGAGAAAAGAAAGCAGAAAAAAGCCGUCGCUGGAUGCUACGGAAUUCAGGUGAACCGCUUCCAUGGAGCUGUCGUCGACGACGUCCAACCAGACCGUCGUGGAGCUCGAGGCGAACAAGACCGACGAGGCGCUGCUCCGGAAUGGGGGCGCCGAGGAGAGCGCGCUCAGCGACGACGUCUCCUCGCUGCCAGGCAGCGCCAAGAAGUCCCGCCGCUCGGUCGCCUCCCUCCUGGUGGUCUUCCUCGACGCCCUGGUGCCGGCCAGGACCCUGGUCGAGCUCGCCACCGAGGUCCUGCUGGCCGCGCUCGCAGUCUACGUCGUCCUCUCCAUUUCCGGGGCUUUCCAGGUGGGCUCCAGUCCCGGUAUGUGGCGGCCCGCCUUCCGCUGCGACGAUCCGAACCUGCAGUCUCCCUUCUCGGCCGAGAGCGUUCGCACCCGCGACCUGGCCAUCUUCGUGGCCACCUUGCCGCCGGCCAUGCUGCUCGUGCUGGAGUUCCGCCGCAGCGGCGCCCCGCUGCGCGACCGCUUCUUCUGGAGCGGGCGCAUGCUGCGUCGCUACCUGGUGGGGCUCCUCCUGGUAACCACGGCAACGCAGCUGCUCAAAGACGCCGUCGCCGAGAAGCGUCCCUACUUCUUGGAUGCCUGCAAGCCCGUCUUCCGGAACCAGCGCAACACCACCCUCCUGUGCCAAGCCUCUAUGGGGGCCGUUCUUCCAACUGUGACAACAGCUCCACCGCUCAUUACGGACUAUGUCUGCAGCGGCCCCCCGAGAGACGUGUUACGUGCCUUUGACUCUUUCCCAUCGGGCCAUUCCAGUGUCAGUUGUUUCGUCGGGUUCUUCCUCGUUGGAUAUCUCGUGUGGAGGGGAGACUCCGUGGCACCAGCAGCGGCCCGCAUACUUCUCGUGGCGUUGCUGAUCGCUUCUGCUGUGGCGGUGUCUCUGUCGAGGAUUGUGGAGCGAAUGCAUUUCUGGUGGGAUGUCGGUGUCGGUGGGGCACUGGGUCUCACCAUGGCCGUAGUGUUCGUCCUGUGGCCCUUUUCCUAAUGCUUAUUUGAGCACGACCUGAAGAAAGGGUCGUCCAGUGAUUCGUCGAGUUUCAACCCAUAAGCUUCGUCGUUGGGGAUGGGUUCCCACACUAUGCAAGUCGCAGCUGAAACUAAA